CAAUGAGGUCAUGGCUUCACCGCCAGGCAAAGCGCUUCAGCCACUUGUCGGCCCAGUGCAAACCCAGUCUGGAGGGGGAAAAAUAAACACCCACUGACAAACGUGAGCACUGAGGAACAGGACAGUAGAGGGUUUGUAGAGGAGCUUUACAAGAAAAGAAACAUAAUAAGAAACAUAUGUGUUUGGACUGCUUUAUAUGGAUUCCCGUCCUGCUGUCGUGCCAGCUGGAUGCCAGUUAAAUGCUGAGUAGUCGCUCCAGAGUUACAACACUGCACAGAGCCGGGAUUUUUUUUCUCAAAGCCCAAAGUUGACCAAUCUGGGGCUGAAGAGAACAGCUGAGAAACGUUAGACGCUAACUGCAGCUCCAAGGCAGCUACUUGUCUCAGUCAGCUGUGUGAUUCAACAGAAAUGCUUUGGAAACACAAGCAGAUCUUCCUCUGUGUGCUGGCAGUCUGCAUCACAACACUGGUGGUAGGCGUGGAGGAAAAGAGAGAUGACGAGUGCGCUGACCUCAAUAACACCACCUGGCUGGAUUACCGGCAGCAGAGGGUCAAACUGCAGGUCCAGUACCUGCUGCUGACCAGGACAAACAUGGACUGUGCUCAAAUGUUCGAUCAUGAGUCUCUCGGUGACACACAGCAGGGGCCAUCCUACUUCAACGUCUCUCGCCCGACAAAGGUCAUCAUCCACGGCUACAGGUGAGGAGGCCCUGUUUUCUCUGUGAGCCUCUGACUGUGAGCGAUGAGCUCCUACAUGAACACUCACCUUUCUGAAGAAGUUACAACAGUUAUGUUUCUUUGACAUUUUUCCACAUCUGUGUUUUUGUUUGUGCUCUUUACUGCCUUGAAGUGGGAAAAAAAGGAUGAAAAAUGUGAUGAUGUCACUGUUAUGAUUUCUAUGCAUCAUCCUGGAUUUACCAAGAUUGAUGCACGAAAAUGUGAUGACAGUUCGGGUUUUUUUUUAUUUCAUUUUUCUUUUUUUUGUCAAAUCAUACAGCACUUACAGUCCUGAUAAAGUAGCUUAGUUGAGCUAUUGGUUUUUAAAUAAUAAUAAAUAAAAAAAAU